UCAAAAACAUCUGCUAUGAACUCCCUGAAUUCUACCCUCUCUCUAAAUACAACUUUUGUGCGUCCCCCGUUUUUUUUCAUCACCGGUUUUCAUAACAUGCCCCAUGCCAAAUACUACUAUAUUUUCCUGUGCUUUGUUUUUGUGGUCACUGUGUUGGGGAACUCCUUCGUCAUGUUUAUUAUAUACACAGAGCGCAGCUUUCACACCCCAAAGUAUAUGGCCAUUAUUAAUUUGGCUGUAGCUGACUUGGGUGAAAGCACUGCUCUUAUUCCAAAUGUAAUUUCAGUGUUUCUUUAUGAUUCACACUACAUCUACUUUGACACUUGCUUGGCAAACAUGUUUUUUGUGUUUUUCUUUACCAGUUUGCAGUCUUUCACUCUUACCAUUCUGGCCUAUGAUAGAUUUGUUGCAAUAUGCUUGCCACUGAGAUACCAUGCCAUAAUCACAAUGCAAGCGAUGGCUGUGAUAUUAACAGGGGUAUGGGCAUAUAAUUCAGUUUUACUGAUUCUAAUGGUGAGUUUAGUUACCAGGCUGUCUUUUUGUAAAUCCAUCGUUAUAAACAACUACUUCUGUGGUCAUGGAGAAGUACGUAAAUUGGCUUGCAAUGACAAUCUCGUAAAUUCUAUCGUGGGAAAACUUAAUAUGGUAUUGCUCCUUUAUUUACCUUUGAUUCUGACUUUACUGUCAUAUGUGUUUAUUGCUGACGUACUGUUUAAAAUGGCCUCAUGGGAAGGGCGACUUAAAGCCAUUAAGACUUGUUCCGCACACCUAAUGCUGGUGGCUGUAUAUUAUCUUCCAUUAAUGGCCACCUACCUUGCUGAAAUUGCUUUUACCAUUCAUCCUAAUGCCAGGCUCAUGAAUACAUCAUUUGCAAAGGCCAUUACCCCCAUGCUAAACCCAAUCAUUUAUGUGCUGAACACUGAAGAGGUAAAGGAAUUCUCAAAAAAUAUUUUCAAAAGAAAAAAAAUAAUAAUAACCUGAACACAAAUAUUACGGUAGGCAGCGGCAGAGGUUAGCAAUUCCUUAACCUCUGUUGAACACAAAAGCAUGUGUAUCUUUAUUUGAUGACUUGGGGGCUUUUCCUUUGAUCCUUCGGUAUAUAAGGGGAAAAUUUUACUGGUUCGGGGAGACUUGUCAAUAUGACUUCCCGCACACCAUUUACAAAUAGUCAUCUCACUACACACACCAUUGUAUAUUUCCA